AUGGAUUUAACUCGAGUGGACUCAGCUGAGCUCUGGUCUCAUAUGGAUGAAUGGGGCUCCAGUGACUCGUCGAGUAAGAGCAAAGCUCAAAUCUCUGACGACAAGACUAACGGCCUGGAAACUCUGCCGCCAGGUAAGGUGCACUGGCAGGACUUUGACCAGGAUCUCUACGUUGGAGCCACAGUGGUGCGAGCGGGUCAGGAUCCGUACGCCAGGAACAAGUUCAACCAGGUAGAGAGCGACAAACUCCGUAUGGACAGAGCCGUGCCCGACACCAGACAUGACCACGUCGUCAUCACUUUCCACAAUGAAGCUCGCUCUGCUCUGCUGAGGACUGUGGUCAGUGUCCUGAAGAAAAGUCCCGUUCACUUGGUCAAAGAAAUCAUUCUUGUUGACGACUACAGUGAUAACCGACUGAUGCGUUCGAGGGUCCGUGGAGCAGACGCCGCCGUGGCUCCAGUCCUUACCUUCUUAGACUCUCACUGUGAAUGUAACGACCACUGGCUGGAGCCGCUGCUGGAGAGAGUGGCCGAGGACAAAAGCAGAGUCGUUUCUCCUAUCAUCGAUGUCAUCAACAUGGACAACUUCCAAUGUGGCACUACUUAUGACCUUUUUUCUGUUUGGUUUGGCAGGUUUUGUUGCCACAGCAAAUCCAAACAUCCUGAUGAGAAAAGACUGCACUUUGGCAACGGCCACUUGCGUCUGCCGGGCAUCAGGACCUACGUGGACCCCCACACGUAUGAGGACCCCAGCCAGGCUGUGCACGAGUUUGCAAAGGAGCUGGACGCCUCCUGCAUUGCCAUCGACAAAGUGGUGGGAGCAGGUGAGUUUGGCGAGGUGUGCAGUGGUCGCCUGAAGCUGCCCAGCAAGAAGGAGAUCUGUGUGGCCAUCAAGACUCUCAAAGGAGGAUACACUGAUAAGCAGAGGCGGGACUUUCUCGCUGAGGCGUCAAUCAUGGGACAGUUUGACCACCCCAACAUCAUCAGGCUGGAGGGGGUGGUAACACGCAGUAAACCCGUCAUGAUUGUCACAGAAUACAUGGAGAAUGGAUCCCUGGACAAUUUCUUGAGAAAACACGACGCCCAGUUUACGGGGAUCCAGCUGGUGGGCAUGCUGCGUGGCAUCGCCUCGGGCAUGAAGUAUCUGUCAGACAUGGGCUACGUUCACCGAGACCUGGCAGCUCGAAACAUCCUGGUCAACAGCAACCUGGUGUGUAAAGUGUCAGACUUCGGCCUGAGUCGAGUUCUGGAGGACGACCCGGAGGCUGCUUACACCACCAGGGGAGGUAAGAUCCCCAUCCGGUGGACAGCUCCAGAGGCUAUUGCCUACAGGAAGUUCACGUCAGCCAGUGAUGCUUGGAGUUAUGGCAUUGUCCUCUGGGAAGUGAUGUCAUAUGGGGAACGACCAUACUGGGAGAUGUCCAAUCAGGAUGUAAUAAAGGCUGUAGAUGAAGGAUACCGCCUCCCUCCACCAAUGGACUGCCCGGCCACCCUCUACCAGCUGAUGUUGGACUGCUGGCAGAAAGAGCGAAACAACCGGCCUAAGUUUGAACAGAUUGUCAGCAUCCUGGAUAAACUCAUCCGCAACCCUGGUAGCCUCAAAAUCACUGCCAACACCACAUCCAGGUACCAGAAGUAUAUUCCAGCUUUUAUUUGUUGUACCCCUGGCUCCAGGCAGUCCAACAGUGUUGCCCAAUAUACCUUCGAUGCACAGCAUUAUGGGUUAUGGGGGGCCGAUGUGGAAACCAAGGCAAAGCCCAUGUUCAGUUUGUCAAUGCUGAGCACAAGCAACUGGGUCUGA